CUUCUCUCUCUCCCCCUCUCUUUCUCUCUCUCUCUCUCUCUCUCUCUCUCUCUCUCUCCCUCUUCUCUCUCCUUCAAAUCUCUCCCAAUCUCUCUCUGUGGAGAGACAUAAAACGGUACACUGUUGUUGGCUGCAUGAAGUGAUUGAUAGCGGAGUAAAAGUGUUGCCUUGGUUGACUCAAAAAAAAGGAAAAAAGUUGCAGCCUUUGUUUGUAGGUAGGGUUUUGCAGAUUAUUCAGAGAGAGAGAAAAGAAGUGAAAGGUAAAGUAAAGAAAAGAAAUGGAAUGGGUUUUGGGAUUUUGGGUUUGGUUCCUCAGCGUUGUUGCUUUAGCUUGCCUUUUGUUCAAGAACAACAACAACAACAACGACAAGAUUCAUAUUCAAAACAAGCCCGGAAUUCCCAAAGGCAGCCUCGGUUGGCCCUUCCUCGGGGAAACCCUCGCCUUCAUUGCCUCUGGCUACUCCUCCCGUCCUGUCACCUUCAUGAACAAACGCAAAUCUCUGUACGGCAGCGUGUUUAAAACCAACAUUUUGGGGACACCCAUCAUAGUGUCCACUGAUUCAGACGUGAACAAGGUGGUCUUACAGAACCAUGGCAACACCUUUGUUCCAGCUUACCCCAAAUCAAUCACUGAAUUACUUGGUUCUUUUUCAAUCCUUCAAAUGAAUGGCAAUUUCCAAAAGAGAAUUCAUUCAAUCAUUGGAGCUUUCUUGAAGUCCCCCAGCCUCAAAGCCCGAAUCACUACAGAUAUUCAAAACACUGUUAAACUAAGGCUUUCCAAUUGGAAUACCUCCAAAUUGGUUUAUGUCCAAACUGAAACCAAACAGAUCACAUUUGAAGUAUUGGUGAAGGUGUUGAUGAGUGUGGGACCCGGUGAAGAUUUGAAGAUUUUGAAAAGGGAAUUCGAAGAGUUUAUCAAAGCCUUGAUUUGUAUACCUGUUAAACUACCUGGAACGAGGCUAUAUAAAUCCUUGAAGGCGAGAGAGAAGCUGUUGAAAAUAGUGAGUAAAAUUGUGGAAGAGAGAAGAUCGACGGCGGCGGCGGCGGAGGAGGAGGAGGAGAAGGUUCCACCGAGAGAUGCGGUGGACGUUCUCUUACAGGAUAACGAUGUGGUCCAAGGGCUGCCGUUGGAUUUCAUCAGUAGUCACAUCAUUGAGCUGAUGAUCCCCGGCGAGGAGACGGUGCCGAUGGCGAUGACUCUCGCCGUCAAAUUUCUUAGUGACUGUCCCGUCGCUCUAGCUCAAAUGAUGGAGGAGAAUAUGGAGCUGAAGAAGCAGAAGGAUGAUUCCGGGGAGGAGUACACGUGGACAGAUUACAUGUCUCUGUUAUUUACUCAAAAUGUGAUUAGUGAAACCUUAAGAAUGGCUAAUAUCAUCAAUGGGGUUUGGAGGAAAGCUCAAAAAGAUGUGGAAAUUAAAGGUUAUUUAAUACCACAAGGUUGGUGCGUUUUGGCGUCGUUCAUUUCGGUUCAUAUGGAUGAAAAUAACUACACGAACUCGCAUCAGUUUGAUCCAUGGAGAUGGGAGGGAAUUGGGUCUGGAAGUAAUAACCAAAACUUUACACCAUUUGGAGGGGGACAGAGGCUGUGUCCCGGCAUUGAGCUUGCCAGGCUCGAAAUCUCAAUUUUCCUUCAUCAUCUUGUCACGACCUACAAAUGGGGAGCUGAAAGGGAUGAAAUCAUCCAUUUUCCAACAGUGAGGAUGAGAAGGAAGCUGCCAAUAGCAAUUGCAAAACAUUAAGCUCUCGAUCGGAUUCAAUCAUCUCGACAACUUCGAUAUGGAGCUGUUGAGGAGGAAAUAAGGCAAAAAAACAAAAAAGAAGUAAAAUCUCCACACAGCAGGUGUAAAUAUAAUAUAUUGAAUGACCCAAGUUUCUUUUGUUUUGCUGUGAGAUAGAUAUAGCUAGACAGACCCACGAGGGGUCCUCUGUUUUAAGCCAUAACUGUACUGAUACAGGAAUUCUAGUUUUACUUUACAUGGAGCACACCUCAGCUCUCUCUACCAUUCUGAAUUAUGAUUCUUGUUCGUGCGUCGCCAUCUUUUUGACAGUUCAAACGGGUCCUUCCUUGUCCAUUUCCUCCUCUCCUCCAUUCAAUAGCAGCAUUCAUUGUACCCAACUCAGUGUAUAAAGUUCAUUUGCUUUCCUUC